CUCAGACGUACAAGAUGUUGAUCACCAAGAGCUUUCACGACGUUCCGACCAAACUCGAUGCAAACGGCCGACCCGUCAGGAUCUUUGUCAUUGCUCCCAACGCACCGGGAUACCCCAACGCCAAGUUUCCAGGCGAGUACCACCAUCGCGAGAUUUACCAGGUCACCGGUCCAGUCGAGAGGUUCGCAGGCCAAAUCGCAAGCCAAGGCUUUGUGAUUAUACCAGCAUGUCCCUCAACGUAUCACGAGUUUGAGGGACCUGAGCCCAUCCCGUACGACACCGAAGGCACUGAUCGCGGCAACCAGUACAAGAUUGAGAAGGAGCUCGCAGCAUACGAUGAAGACGCCACCCUAGCCAUUGAUCUUUUGUGCUCACUCAAGAACUGCAACGGUCGUAUUGCAGCCACUGGCAUGUGCCUCGGCGGACACUUGGCCUUCCGUGCCGCUUUCGACCCUCGCGUCCUGUCUUCUGUCUGUUUCUUCGCAACGGACGUUCACUCUGCGACGCUAGGCAAGGGCAAGAACGACGACUCGCUCGCGCGAGUGCGCAAGGGCGACCUGACCAACAAGGGUGAACUAAUGAUGAUAUUCGGCAAGCAGGACACGCACGUUCCACGUGAGGGUAGAGAUUUGAUUCGAAAAACUCUGGAAGAUGCCAAUGUCCCUGUCUCGUUCUUGGAGGUGCAAGCCCAGCACGCUUUCAUUCGCGACGAAUCAUCCAAGGGCCGCUGGGACGCUGCUCUCACCCGUUCGUUAUUCACUUUCAUGAUGGAGGUCUUUGAGCGCACGGUGAGCAGGGACCUAGGAGAGCGGGUCUCCGGGAACGACAAGAUUGAGCAUGUUUGCUGAAGUCUAGACGUAUCAUUGUGACAACAGGCGGUGAUCAUAACAAUAUAUGAAUAUUCUAGCGAAGGUUCAAGCAUUCGGCCCCAGCGCCGGUGCAAUGGCAUCGAGGGCUUCAAUGCUGCUGUCCACCACUGGCACUGCGUACGCUGUAGAAUCCAAAUUUAAAAAAAAAACAAGA